GGAAUUCCACCAAAAUUGUUUCUCGUAUAUGGUAUUUAGCCAGUUUGUUUCAAGUUCGUUGGUUUUGUGCUUCACUUGUUGGAAUGUGAGCAUAUGUGCCAAUAUAACAACCUCUGUUUAUAUGGGCAAAUGGUAUAAAUAUGACGUCAAGUCGAGAAAAGCUCUUAUACUUUUAAUGGAACGUUCCAAAAAACCUACUAUUGUUACGGCUGGAAAAAUAUUAGAUUUGUCUUUAGAGACGUUUACCAAUAUCUUAAAAAGGUCAUACUCACUGUUAGCUGUAUUAAAAACAAAAAAAUUGAUUAUUUAG